AUGGGGGAGAGGAUCCCAUUAAGCCCGAGAAUCAGCGACCAACGUAUCAGUCAGAACUCUGGGUUCUCACCAAACAUUACCUUGGGCUACAAUCUCUACGAGAACUACUCCCAAAAAAGAAUCACUUCUGACGCUGUGAUAGAUCUGCUUGCUGGUGGAAAAAGCAGUGUUCCUAACUACAGCUGUGGAAGACCAAAUCUUCUGCUUGCUGUUUUGGAACGGGCCGACUCUGAAAUUUCUAACCAGAUUGCCGCCCUUCUGGGCAUCUACAAAAUCCCACAGCUCCACUCUUUCCUAAGAGGGAUCCGGUUUUCAAAUGAUUCCUCAAGUGGGCUCUACGUGGACAAGGAUGGCGAAUUGACAGCCAAUUUUGAUAUUAUGAACUGGGUGCAGUUUCCCAAUAAGACUCAUGGCAGAGUGAAAAUUGGGAGCAUAGAAAAGGCAGCAGAUGCCGGAUUCAAGUUCACUAUCCAUCCUGAGGCUAUUUUAUGGCCCGUGCAGUUUAAUAAGAUCACACCUUAUUCCAGGUGCACAGAAAGCUGUAGGAGUGGCUAUGUCAAGACAGCCCGUAAGGGGCAGCCUAUCUGCUGUUAUGAUUGUGCCCCCUGCCCAGGAGGGACCAUUUCCACUGAGAACGAUGCUGAUCUUUGCACCCAGUGUGGGGACUAUCACCAUCCAAACAAGGCUCAAGAUCACUGUAUACCUAAGAUCAUAUCUUUUCUCUCUUACAAUGAAAAUUUAGGGAUCAUCCUUGCUUCCUUUGCACUGCUGUUGUCCUUAGCCACAGGGUUUCUGUUGGGAAUUUUCAUAAAAUUCCUGGAGACUCCCAUUGUCAAAGCCAACAACCGGGACCUCUCUUAUGUCCUUCUUGUCUCCCUCCUGCUUUCUUUCUUGUCCUCCUUCCUCUUCAUCGGCCAGCCAAGCAAAGCUACCUGCCUUCUCCGACAAACAGCCUUCAGCAUCAUCUUCUCAGUUGCGGUCUCUUCUGUCUUGGCCAAAACAAUCAUGGUAGUGCUGGCUUUCCUAGCCACAAAGCCUGGGAACCUGGUAAGAAGAUGGCUGGGAAAGAUUUUAAGCAACACCAUUGUCCUUUCUUGCUCCAUUGUCCAAGUUGUUCUUUGUACAAUCUGGCUGGGCUCUUCACCCCCCUUUCCUGAUUCUGACAUGAACUCCCAACCUGGAAAGAUCAUCCUGCAAUGUAAUGAAGGCUCUAUUGUCAUGUUUUAUGGUGCUCUCGGAUACAUGGGCUUCCUGGCUGCCAUCUCCUUUGUGGUGGCUUUCCUAGCUAGGAAGCUGCCUGGGACCUUCAAUGAAGCCAAGCUGAUUACCUUUAGCAUGCUGGUCUUCUGCAGUGUUUGGGUGUCCUUUGUGCCCACCUACUUAAGCACCAAAGGGAAAUACAUGGUGGCUGUGCAAAUCUUCUCCAUCUUGGCCUCCAGUGCUGGAUUGCUGGCCUGUAUCUUUCUUCCUAAAUGCUACAUUAUUGUACUGAGGCCUAGUUUAAAUACAAAAGAGCAUCUUCUAGGUAAUGGAUCAGUUCUCAAACAACAGCAAGAUGAAACUCAGAGGCACGUAGCUGGCAAAGUUUCAUCCUUGACAGAGGCCACAUUUACAGAUAAUCCUUCAGUUAAGGAACAUUUGCCUGGAAGUCUCCCAGAGAUUGUACUGGGCAACAGUAGCAGCAGUAGAAGCAAAAGGAUCAUUCUUGUUCAUACUGGAGAGAAGCUAUAUGAAUGUGCACAGUGUGGGAAAAGUUUGAGUGAAAGGAGUACUUUUAUUUCCCCUAGAAGGAUCCACAUAGGAGAGAAACCGUAG